CGUGGAGGAAAAUGCCGGAUCCUGCGAAAUCUGCUCCUGCUCCGAAGAAGGGCUCGAAGAAAGCCGUCACAAAAGUGCAGAAGAAGGAUGGCAAGAAGCGCAAGCGCAGCCGUAAAGAGAGCUAUUCUGUCUACGUGUACAAGGUAUUGAAGCAAGUGCACCCCGACACCGGUAUCUCUUCCAAGGCAAUGGGCAUCAUGAACUCCUUCGUGAACGACAUCUUCGAGCGCAUCGCAGGCGAGGCUUCCCGCCUGGCGCAUUACAACAAGCGUUCGACCAUCACUUCGAGGGAGAUCCAGACAGCCGUGCGCCUGCUGCUACCCGGGGAGUUGGCUAAACACGCCGUGUCGGAGGGCACCAAGGCGGUCACCAAGUAUACCAGCUCCAAGUGAAGUGCAGCCGAGACGUGAUUGAUCGACUUUACCCCAAAGGCUCUUUUCAGAGCCACUUCAGCUCUCGGAGAAAGAGCUGUAACCACUAAAGGCCUAUGAUUCCUUUAGGUAAGGUGGGGUGAUGAAUUCUUGUCUCCUUGCGGGGCUGUGGCGCAAUGCCAAGCAUUUCAAAGAAUGUUGGGCUGGUAUUGCGCGGCGGAACCUGUCGCAUUGAGUAGGAUAGGUCAGUGUACUCCCUAAUGGCUAUUAAGGGCCGUUUGAGUUCAAACCGGAGUAAUAGUCCCUCACCGCCCUGGAGCAUCCGAAUAUAAUUAGCCUAGAGCCUGUUGUGGGAGCAGUUACUGGCUUCAAACAAUUGUCCCAUCAAUGCCACUGAGCAGUAUGCUUUCCGUAAACUCGCAGUUGCAGGCCUUAUCCAGUUUAGGUUAUCGUAGGUUGCUUGGUAAAGCAUGCAUAGAAGUCGAGUGCUGGAGUCUCGCCCACCCCUUUGUGGUUUGGGGCGGCGGGGGUGGAGUGAUGAGGAUCGUUUGGAGGCAAGUUCUGCCUGCUGCGCCACUUCCCUGCCCGACUCCACGCAUUUUUUACGGUCAGUAUCAGCCGUAGGUGCAAUUUCCACAGCAGAAACUGGCUUUUCUUACUCUAAAGGUAUUCACAGCGGGAAAUGAGUCCUAACCCUCACCAAGAACUGUAUGCUUUAGAGAAAGGAUUUCUUUUCUCUGAUACUCUUACUGUCAGAAAGAAACAUAACGGAGCCCUAUCUAGGUUGGUUAGGGUUAAGUAAGAGAAUGUGCUUAAAGCUGGAACCAGGGAGAUGUGGAGUAGGAAGAGGCCGUUGCGCCCUGCACUUAACUUUCAGGGCUCUAAAAGGCACUUCCCUGAGCAUCUUGCAUUAAACUCCUUACCGUAUAAAACAUCUUCCCAGUAAGGCAUCUAGACCUCUUGCAGGACGUGAAUCUGUGGAAACUUCAAAAGUAUCUUAUGUGACCCCUGAGGGAAGGUGGGUUUUAAAAGUUGACGGUGGCCCAUGCCUUUAAUCCCAGCUCUCUAGAGGACAGAUUCGUAUCUGGCCUAUAUGAUCUUUGGCGAAGUCCCUCAGAUUGACUAGUCAAAUACAAUUUGCAGAUGUUGCCAAAACCACAUGUGUGGACCAUCCCCGAAAGUCUAGAAAGAUGGUAUAGACAUGGAGGGGUAAUUCCUAAAACCUGGAUAUCCGAGUGUGCCAUGUGUACACUACUUCCCGUACGCUGCUGCAUGACUCACUCUGAGGUCUGAUUGGGAAUGUGUCCUCAUCUUAAAAUAGUAAUAUUUAUACAGUCUUCAGAAACAUAUCUCACAAGAUUAAAUCAUAGCUCAUACUUACACUUUAUUGUAUUCAAAGUUUACAUUAUUUUCAAAUUCACACAGAACACUGACCAAAACUGGCCACCAAUUUGAUAUGAGAGACUCCCAGAGAGUGGACCUUCACGCCCUCACACAAGAAAGGCUACACCCCCGAAUCACUCACAAGAAGCGGUCUUGAUGCAAAUAGCAUGAGGAGUUUUUUAUUCCAAGUGCACUGGGGUCCACAGUCAUACACCACGCAGGGUAGAGGACUAAGGACCUCGAGCGCAGAAGAAUUGAGACCGUUUUUAUAGGGUUUACAACAAAGCCCACAUAUAGGUCACUGGGGAGGGGGUUUCACAAGCAGUUUACAAAGUCAGAUAAGUGGUUAGCCAGUUCAUUUUCUGUUAUCUUACUAGGCCAAGAUUACAUACUCAAGGGCCUGUCUGCCGUAAACAGCAAGGAGUGUGGCCUUGCCUCUUUACUGGCAGAGGACAGGAUCUGGAAUUUGAGGUUUUCAGGGCUUUUUAGAUAGUAUUUCUAAAGUUUCAGCUUCCUGUGGUCAUUGGAGAGUUAGGCUGUAUUUUUCCAUCCUUUCAGAUACUUAAUUUGUAAAGGACACACUCAUUGAUAACAAAACAAUAAAAUAAGCCCAUCCCUACAAUCACUGUUCUACAGAAAAAGCCACAGGUCAAAGGGGAUUUCAAAAUAAAACUUGCACAAUCUUUAGAAUAACAGUGAGAUCACUGAAUGUGUGGGAAUCUCUGCAAGUACGCAGAGGGUAAAUCAUAGAUUUACAGGAUUGGUGGUGCAGGCCUUUAGCUCAGCACUCAAGAGGCCGAGACAGGUCAAAAGAAUGGACUUAAAGAAAGUUGCGCUUUUAACUCAAAGGAAGGUCGAAAGAAUAAAUCUGAGUAAGAGCAGAAUCCAUAGGAUAGCAAAGACUUCCCUUGGCUACCAAGACCAAAUUAACUAAUAAAACCAAAGACUGUUGUUGGACAACCCUCUCUUAAGCUAAGGUAAGGUACACAGCUAAUGUUAAAUGCAGAAGAUAUUGUAAAUGCUAUAUGCUUGGGGCUUGAAUUUGGUUUUGUUGUUUCUUUAUUAUGUGUAUGAGUGUUUUACAUUCCUGGUGCCCAGAGUUUAGAAGAAGGCACCAGACCCCCUGGAAUCAGAGUUACAGACUAUGAACCUUUAUGUGGUUGCUGAAAACUGAACUCAGGUCCUCUGUAA